UGUAAAAAAAAAAAAAAAUCUGAAAUGUUAGUAUAAAGGCGUCCAUAUAUCAUCAUAGUUCUCAUUAAAUACUGAAUUAUCAAACAAGAAAAAGAAGAGUGAAAAGGAAAGAGAUAUCGAAUAUGUCUACUACUCCACAAUGGAUCAUGAUUGGUGGAGAAGGUCCCGAGAGUUACAACAAAAAUUCCUCGUAUCAGAGAAGGUUGUUGGAAGCCGCCAAAGAAAAGAUGAGCGAGGCAAUCACAGCCAAACUCAGCCUCGACUUGAUCUCUGAUCGCUUCGGUGUAGCUGAUUUCGGCUGUGCGAGUGGUCCUAACACUUUUGUGGCAGUCCAAAACAUAAUAGAUGCAGUAGAAGACAAGUACCGCAAAGAAACUGGACUAAACCCGGCUGAUAACAUCGAGUUCCAAGUCCUCUUCAACGACUUUACCACCAACGAUUUCAACACUCUCUUCCAGUCACUUCCUCCGGGCAGAAGAUAUUAUAGCUCCGGAGUUCCGGGUUCUUUCUAUAACCGUGUUCUUCCUAAGGAAAGUUUCCACAUAGGAGUCAUUAAUUACGCAUUGAAUUUCACCUCCAAAGUCCCUGAAGGGAUCACGGAUCGUGACUCUCCCCUAUGGAACAAAGAUAUUCAUUGUACUGGCUUCAACCAAGCGGUCAAGAAAGCGUAUCUUGAUCAGUACUUGUCUGACAUCAAGAACCUAUUGGAUGCUAGAGCUGAAGAGCUAGUCCCCGGGGGGUUGAUGUUGCUUUUCGGAUCGUGUCUACAAGACGGAGUUAAGAUGUCCGAGACCUUUAUGGGAAUAGUGUUGGAUAUUGUUGGAGCUUCUCUUAAUGAUCUUGCUCAACUGGGUCUAAUCGAUCAAAAAGAGGUGGACUCUUUUACCACCCCACUGUACUUCGCAGAAGAAGGCGAGUUGAGGCAAAUCAUAGAGGAGAACGGGAAGUACACGGUUGAGGCUUUCGAAGAUAUUAUUCAACCAAAUGGGGAGUUUCCUUAUCUAGAUCCCAAGAUCUUGGCCGACUCUUUUAAAGCCAUCUUUGGAGCAUUCUUGUCCGCACAUUUUGGAAUUGAUGCAAUGAGGAAAGUCUUUGAACUCGUGGAGGUCAAGGCACGAGAAGAAUUUUCUCACAUCAGGAAAGCCAAUCUUGGAAUGCAGUAUCUCAUCGUGCUUCGCAAGAACUGAUGAUUCUGAAUAUAUUAUUAUAUAUAUGAUUUUUCAAUAUUGAUUUGUGUUUUUAUUGUUGUAAUUCUCUUCUUUCGUCUCAUGGUGUGUUAUUUUUCUUCUUCUUCCUAUCGUUGUUGUAUUUGUGCGUUUGCAUUCUCCCAUAUCCAACAAAUUAAUAAAUGCAUAGUUUCAGUUUGAAGAUACUUUUAUCCAACGAAAAGUUGCCAAAUUUCAUUCU